CAGGAAACUUCCCAGGAUAAGCUGCCACUUCAGCAAUACGGACCACUGAUAGGAUCAUUCUGCCAAACCUGUUUAUUUAGUCACUGACUUCAAGAAAACAAUGGAAUUUUUAAUCUCUCUGUUCCUACUUUGCUGUGGUUUUCCAAUGAUAUAUUUUACACAUGGCUGGACCUAUCACACCUCCUCACCCAACAUCAUGUCAUAUGAUGAUGCGCAAAAAUAUUGUAGACAAAAAUAUACAGAUAUGGUGGCAAUUCAAAACCAAGGAGAGAAUAAAUAUCUGAACGAGAAUUUGCCUUUUAAUGCACGUUAUUAUUGGAUUGGCAUUCGGAAAAACAUUACCACUGGCAAAUGGACUUGGGUUGGCACUAAAAAGGUGCUCACAGAGGAAGCUGAAAACUGGGCUACAAAUGAACCCAACAAUCUGAGUGAGAACAGAAAUGAGGAUUGCGUUGAGAUGUAUGUUAAAAGGACUGUUGCUGGAAAAUGGAAUGAUGCUGGAAAAUGGAAUGAUGAGCCCUGCAGUAAGAAGAAAGUGGCUUUGUGUUACAAAGCUUCUUGUCACUCUUCUUCCUGCAACAACCACGGGGAAUGUAUAGAAACUAUUAAUGACUACACCUGCAACUGCUUUGAUGGAUUUUUUGGAAAAGACUGUGCACAUGUGGUUACUUGUCCAGAGAUCAAUGGAAUUGAUCAUGGAACAGCUGAGUGCUCUCAUGUGUAUGGGAAUUUUACCUACCAGUCAAGUUGUAAUUUCACUUGUUCCGAUAGUCAUCUCUUGGUUGGCUCUGAAAAUCUACAGUGUAAUGGAAAAGGAGACUGGGGAUUCCAGAUUCCACACUGUAAAGCUAUUCAAUGCAUGCUGCCAGAACUACCAGACAAUGGGGUAAUGAACUGUUCUAGUGAUGGUGAAAUCCUUCCAGAAAAGUCCAUAUGCAAUUUCAGUUGCAACAAUGGGUUCUCUAUGGUUGGCUCUUCUUCAGUACUUUGCACAACUCCUGGCGAGUGGUCAGAAAACCCCCCAAAAUGUGAAGCUAUUCAGUGUGAAAAUCCAGCAGUACCAGAAAAUGGAGCAAUGGAUUGUUCCAGCAAUGGAGAAAUGCUACCAUAUAAUGCUACAUGUCAUUUCAUCUGUAAUGAAGCAUUUAUCUUAGUAGGGAAUCCAACAAUUCAUUGUUUGACUCCUGGUCAAUGGUCUGCAGAAUCCCCAAAAUGUGGAGCUAUACGGUGUGAGCAGCCACAGCAACCAGAGAAUGGAUCAAUGAGCUGUUUCGAUGGUAAAGAGGUAUCACCAUAUAAUUCUACGUGUAAUUUCAGCUGUGAUGAUGGAUUUACUGUGGUGGGCCCUCCUUCCAUACAAUGCUCAGCUACUGGUCAGUGGACUGAAAAACCUCCAAAAUGUGAAGCUAUUCAGUGCAAUCGCCCAGAGAUACCACUAAAUGGGGCCAUGAACUGCACACAUUCUGGAAAAACACUUCCAGAGAACUCCAUCUGUAAUUAUGUUUGUGCAGAAGGUUACACACUGAAAGGAUCAUCUUCAUUACUUUGUGCUGCUACCAAGCAAUGGAUAGGAGAAAUCCCAAUGUGUGAACCUGUACAGUGUGCUUCACUGACCAUCCCUGUGAAUGGUCUAAUGGAAUGCAAGGAUGGAUCCAACUACAAUUCCACAUGUGCAUUUUCCUGUUCUGAAGGCUAUGAAAUAAUUGGAUCAUCUGAGCUCCGAUGCUUAUCUUCAGGACAGUGGACAUCCUCAGAACCCUUAUGUAAAGGUGUUCAGUGCCCCUCUUUGACUGCUCCAAAGAAUGGACAUCUGGUCUGUCAAGAUAUGACCAAUUACAAAUCAGAAUGUUCCUUUAGCUGUUUGGCAGGCUUCUGGUUGAUUGGAUCACCAGUACUUACCUGCCAGUCAUCUGGAGCAUGGACUUCAUCUGUUCCCAAAUGUGAAGCUGUUCACUGCCCCACUUUGACUUCUCCUGAGGAUGGUCAUAUGGACUGUCAAGAUGCAGCAAACUACAAUUCUCAGUGUUCAUUUAGCUGCUUGAAAGGCUUCCAGUUGAUUGGAUCACCUGUACUCAGUUGCCAAUUAUCUGGAUCAUGGAUGACUUCUGUUCCCAGAUGUGAAGCUGUACGAUGCAAUGCUCUUGUUCCUCCAUCAUUGGGAAAAAUGAAUUGCAGUCACAUAGAUUUUGGAUAUGGUACAGUGUGCAAAUUUACUUGUGAAUAUGAUCUACUAAUAAAUGGAACAGAUACUCUGGAAUGUGACAGUAAUGGAAGCUGGAGUACAGAAACCCCAACUUGUGAAGCUAUCAAAGUGCCAAAUGAAGCAGCCAUGUAUUUAACAUUUGGAAUUGUUACCUCUGGGGCUUCUGUGUUGUCAACUGCUUUUCUCAUCAUUUGGCUCAUAAAGCGGAUGCGUAAAACAGCAAAGACAUUUACCCUCACAAACAGUCCUUGAAGCAAUAGGUAUCUACCAGAAUGCUGAUAAUAGCUUGGAUGCUGUUUGAUAAACAUGUUCUACAUUUUUGCACUUGAAAAUUUGAAACGAAAACCAAGGGAUCCAAGCUUUCACUGUUUAUAUGAAAUACUAAAAUAGAAGGUACUACAGAGUUUUGGAGGUCCUGUCCUGAAAUGUCACACUUUACCAUUGUGCAAGAAGACUGUAUUUCUAAAAGCAGAGUCAAAUUUACUAUCACAAGUGCUCAUGCCUUACAGCACAUUUGUUAAAGGCUUUUGACACUCCUGACAAGACUGCAUGGCUUAGGCUACUUUCACAUCUGCAUUGUGCUGUCCGGUUUUGAGAUCCGGCACAGGCUCUGAAAACCACAUCACAGCUCUGAACAACCUGUAACAGAGUGAAUCAGAAUGUAUUCCGUUCCGGUUUGUUGGAUUCCCAUGGCGGACACAAAAUUGCUGCAAGCAGCGUUUUUGUGUGCGGCAUGGGAAACUGAAGAAGCCAGAUCUGGCACCAAAAACCAUGAAAAAACAGGAUUCGGUGCCCGUUGACUUACAAUGGUUUUAGUGCCAGAUCUGGUUUCUUCAUUUUCAAUAUAAUACAGCUGGUUGUAUUAUUCAAAUGAAUGCCUUUUGUUGUGGUUUUUGGGAUCCCAUGCUGAAUCUUUAAACCGGACAGCAAAAAUAUGGAUGUGAAAGUAGCCUUAGAAUGAAAUGGCAUGUGUUCAGAUGCACCAAACAUUACGCCAAAAUUUUGGUGCUAAAUUCUGGUGCAACAUAAGCCAAUUAUUAGGCAAUUUAAACUUAAAAUAGACAGUUUAAAGGAUUGUACAUUUUUAGAUUGUGUUGUCUAGAGUUGCAUUAUCUAAAUCUUAGACAGUAUUAGUAAAUCUGUCCAACAUUGCAUUGUUAAAAUUCUGGUUUCCACAUCAACCAAAUGAACAGGUUAUGCUCAUAUAUCCUCAAAUACGAAUCAUGUGUUGUCCAGAACAAAAGGAUCUGCAUUCAGUUUUUCCUCUUUUUUUAUGUCAUGUAAUUUUUUUAUACAAUAGGUGAAUAAUUCAAAGAAGGACUUUUAUCCUGGAGGCAGCCAUGUUGGAUUAUCUGGAAAGUUUUAAUGCAGUAUAAAAUAUGUAUCUGUUUAUAACAGGCUUUAAAAUUUGUCAUCCCAAUGGGAUAUAUACUUUUCCUAUGAAAACCUAUUUUUCAUAGUCUAUAGAAAAAAUAUAAGCAAUCACAUCAAAAGUUUUGGCUCAAAAAGAAAAUUUUUGUUCAUUUUAUGAUGGUGAGAGAAAAUCCCAGCAUGGCAGGUUCAGGUGCCAGGCCCCCUCUAUUCUGAAUAUUUACACUUGUUUAAGGAUACAUGCACAUAACUGUAUGUAUUUUGCAAAUCAUGGAUCCGCAACAUACGGGUACAGCCCAUGUGCAUGCCACAACUUUUUUGUAGAAAUGCCUAUUCUUGUCUGCAAAACAGACAAGAAUAGGACAGCUUCUAUAAUUUGCAGAAUAGCCCCAUCUGUGUGUUGUCCGCAUUUUUUGAGGCCCCAUAGAAAUGGACGCGGACCAAAAUACGGUCAUGUGCAUGAGGCCUAAUUGAUAUAACAUACUGAUGUUUUUAGCUAGAAAGCCCAUCAGCUAUCCAAGUGAUUUUAGUAAAAAUCUUAAAAUGUUUCACUCCAAUAGACAUUAUAGAUUACAUGUAGAAAGAUACCCUUGAAUGACAGUUGUCUUAGACUGAUGCCUCAUUCACACUUAAGUGUUUUUUCAGUGAUUUCCAUCAGUGAUUGUGAGCCAAAACCAGGUGUGGUUCUAAACAAAGAACAGGUGCAGAUC